AUGACGGAGCGACGCUCGCCGAACUUCGAAACUGCGAUGGGCCGCGUGGUCUCGGCAUCUUCUAGCAUUGCCUUCGUCGCGCCCGCAACUUAUUCUCAGGAUUUCAGCCACUUCACUCAGAAUCAUCUCAAGGGCUCCAUGGGAUCAAUUGACGAUAUCCACGAACAGGUCGUUGGCCUCGUUGAUAUCCGCCAGAUUCUGGGGAAUCUGCAGAGUGCAGUGCAGAGGAUGGAGAUGCGGGCUUGGCUGAAGUAUUUAGGCAUUCAAGUCCGAGGGCCAGCUGUGCAGAUCUACCUGUACCUAUUCCCCGAACGCAUGAAGUGA